UUGAGCACGCGGACGCGAGUGGGAGGAAGAAAAGAAAAAAAAAAAACUACAUCAAUGCGCUGGCGGUUUGGGGUCACGAACUAUGACCUUUAACAGAAGAAAACCACAACAAUAAUAAUUUUAAAACAGCAGAGCGCCCUAAUCGUUUCCGUGAGGCCUCCCAAAUGACUUUGUACCACCAUGGUGACCAACCUGAAUCUGCCUCCUCAGCAGAACGCAGACACUGAGCACAAGUCAGAGAGGUUGCCCGCUCCAUCUGAGUCAGCGAUGAGCGAGUCUCCCCAGCGUUUUCAGGUCAUCUCCACCGAGCCGGCCACAACGCCACAGCAAAUACAGAUUGUAACCGACCAGCAGACGGGUCAGAAGAUCCAGAUAGUGACAGCGAUGAACCCGUCCAGUGCUCCGAAGCAGCAGUACAUUCUGGCCACGGCUGACAGCUCAGGAGCAAGCAAGGUCAUCCUGACCUCACCGGAGACUCACAACACGAAGCAGGUCAUCUUCACAGCUGCAGACAACCUGAUGCCAGGAAGAAUACAGAUUGUCACAGACCCAUUGUCAAUGGAACGGUUGUUAGGACAAUCGGGGGAUUUAAGUCGACCUCAACCAGUGGAGUACUGUGUAGUGUGUGGGGACAAAGCUUCAGGGCGUCACUACGGAGCGGUCAGUUGUGAGGGGUGUAAGGGUUUUUUCAAACGGAGCGUGAGGAAGAAUCUGACCUACAGCUGUCGCAGUAAGCAGGACUGCGUCAUCAACAAACAUCACCGCAACCGCUGCCAGUUCUGCCGGCUGAAGAAAUGCCUUGAAAUGGGGAUGAAAACUGAUUCCGUUCAGAGUGAGAGGAAGCCUAUCGACAUAAUGCCUAGAGAGAGGCAUUCUAACUGUGCUGCCUCCACUCAGAAGAUCUAUAUCCGUAAGGACCUGAACAGCCCACUUAUCGCCACACCAACCUUUAUCUCUGAUACAGAUACUGAAGGCUCCAGAUCCAGUCUGCUGGACCAAGGGAUGCUUGUUAAUAUCCAGCAGCCUGUCAUCCAGACUGAUGGAACUCUGCUGCUUGCAGCAGACUCAAAGAUGGAUUCGGGACACGGAGACCUGGGGACGCUAGCCAGUGUAGUGACGUCAUUAGCCAACCUGAGCGACUCUCUGAAAGAAAACCUGAACAACGGUGAUACCUCAGACAGCCAACAGGAAGAGCAGUCUGCCAGUGAGAUAACACGUGCCUUUGACACUCUGGCCAAAGUCUUUAACCCAUCUGAAGAAAAUCUGUCUGAGAAGUCGCAGUGUGUCAGCGAAACAACCAUCCAGCUAAUUGGUCAGGACCAGGAGACACCGAUCAUUGAGGUGGAGGGGCCACUGCUCACAGACAGCCAUGUCAGUUUUAAGCUGACCAUGCCCAGCCCCAUGCCCGAGUAUCUGAAUGUACACUACAUCUGUGAGUCAGCAUCCAGACUUCUCUUCCUCUCCAUGCACUGGGCACGCUCCAUCUCUGCCUUUUCAGCUCUUGGUCAGGAGGCAAACACCAGUUUGGUGCGAGCCUGCUGGAACGAGCUGUUCACUUUGGGCCUUGCUCAGUGCGCUCAUGUGAUGAACUUAUCGACCAUCCUCUCUGCCAUCAUCAACCACCUGCAAAGCAGCAUCCAGGACGACAAACAGUCAGGAGAAAGAGUGAAGCAGGUGAUGGAGCACAUCUGGAAGUUUCAGGAGUUCUGUAACAGCAUGACGAGGCUGGAGAUCGACAGUUAUGAAUACGCCUACCUAAAGGCUAUUGUACUGUUCAGUCCAGAUCACCCAGGUGUGGACAGCAGCGGCCAGAUUGAGAAGUUCCAAGAGAAAGCACUGAUGGAGCUGCAGGACUAUGUGCAGAAAACCUAUCCUGAAGACAUUUACAGGUUGACACGCAUCCUGACUCGUCUGCCCGCCCUGCGCCUGAUGAACUCAAGCAUCACGGAGGAGCUCUUCUUCACCGGCUUGAUAGGCAACGUCUCUAUCGACAGCAUCAUUCCUUACAUCCUCAAGAUGGAGACGGCAGAGUACAACAGCUUGGACUCCGACUCAGCAGAAUAACACCACUCCCUGCACUCAGAACUGUCUUUUAAAAGUUAGUAAAUCUUUUCAGGUACAUUUGUUUUUUGUCUCUGGAAGGUUGUGGUAAAACUGCAGUCCAAAAUUCUCCUGCACUCCUUUUUUUUCUAAUGAUGUAUGGAGCUAAAUUUGAUGUUCAUUCUUGAUAGAUUAGGAUAACUAGGCACCAGUAAACCAGGAUGACUGGGAAUGUUUUCCUCAGCUGACACAGUUGGUGAUUCUGAACUACUGCUGCUGUUCAUCUUCUUUAAUAACUUCAUUAAACACCACGGUCAUCACACUUCAACUUGCACAUUAGCCUUUAAUCCAAGCCGGUUCUUGAUGUAAUAAAGCCAUAACACACUUGAUUUUUUUCUCUCAUACAUCUUAGAUGCUGAUACGUAAGACAAAAUAAAUUGCCCCGAAGCAGCAAUCAAAUUGCGAAAUCUUACAAAUGGAGGACGUUAAAAUUCAUUAGAAAGAAUACCAAGACCAAAGUAAAUCUGAUUUAUUUUGAAGCUGUGCUCCAAAAACGAUUCAAUUUUUCUGAUUGCCAAGAUCUGUAAAAGUAUCAGAUUAAAUGAAAAUAAUGGCUUAACUGAAAUAAUAAGUAAAGAGUCAACUGAUAAGGAUUAUAAUAAAUGUAAGUAAAUUGUAUGUACUUCAAAGAAAUUGGCUAUGAUAGCAUUAUGCUAGCUAGAUUUUAAUGUAUUUGUAUUUUUAUUACAGUCUAAUCAAUGCAAAUUGGUUGGUAUUAUACUGAAAUACAAUUUUUAAAAUAAUGCACAUAUUUAAAUGUGGUACUUUUUUGUGUUUUUAUGUAAUCUGUGCACUUUUAUUUUUCUCUUAUUGACAAUCAGCUAUAUGUUGUUUCCCUCUGUUCCAUCAGUGUUAUGGCUAUAUUUGCCUGUCCACAUAUUCUCAGUUUUCAUUAAUCAUUAAUUAACAUUUAUUCCCAAUAGCUGUAUCUGAAAAUUUUGGGUUUAGAAGUUUCUUUUUUUUAUGUGUAUAGUAGCUAUGUUGCUAUUUAUGUUUGUGUUGGUUUUUAAGUGCACAUUUAUCAGCUUUCUGUGCAAUCCCCGUGUAUUCAGGCUGACUAAACUUUGUGUUUUGUAUGUUUUCUAAAAACAUUCAUUCAUUGUGAACAAAUGUUGCAUACUAAGUGUACUUAAAGUGCUUUUGGGCAGGAACCCUGAAUUAAAAAAAAAAAAAAAAAAACCCGAGUGAGAUUUUGUGGGAAGCCAGCCUUGAGUGCAUUGAUGUCUUGAAGACAGUAUGAAGAUAUGCAUUGGCUUCUCCUCAUAUCAACAUUUAAAAAAAAAAACAUCCACAGCAACAUGAAUGAUGAUAGGGAUGUAAAUAAGUCAACAAAGAUUGUGUCUUGUGAAAUAAAUGUCAAUUCUAAUUGUGGGUUUAAAACCUGAAAAGACUAAUGGCACUGGUCUGAACUGAUAUUUGUACAAGUAAUGCCAUUAAAAUGAGUGCAUGUUGUUUUUAAACAGGGUUUUAUAAUCUUCUUGUUGUCAGCCCUAAUAAGGAGCAAUAUUAUCAUUUUUAUAGUGCAUUGUAAUGCAUGAAGAGGUUGCUAAUGCAGAUUUUAUUAAAUGCAGUACAAAAAAAAGUUGAUUUAAAUGUUGUGGCUAUAAAAUAAUCACCAGGAGUAGUUCCAGCAUUACUUUUUUGUGGCUUGAGUAUCUCAUGGGUAACAUUUCAUAUUGUACAUGUAUUUUGUUUUUCUGAGAUGCUUGUCUUCAAACGUUUAAAUCGAGAUAAUUCAAACAUUAGCGUGUCGCUACGGUUGGUUACAACCCUACAUUUCUACCUCACAGAUUUAACUCAAAUGUAUUUACGACUGAGUUCUUGUAUCAGCAUUCCAGGCGGGCUUCCCUGAAGUCAUACAUUUUAAACAAAAUAAACAGCUAUUCAUUAAAUAUGA